GAAGGCGGAAGUAUGGGGACUUCCGGUCGGCGUGAUCGUGUGGUGUGUGCGUUUGUGAGUUUCUCAGGUAAAACAUGGCUAAAAGCUUACGGAGUAAGUGGAAAAGGAAGAUGCGUGCUGAAAAGAGAAAAAAGAAUGCUCCAAAGGAGCUCAGCAGACUUAAAAGUAUUCUCAAAGUAGACAGUGAUGUUUUAAUGAAAGAUGUUGAAGAGAUAGCAACUGUGGUGGUACCCAAACAUUGCCAAGAGAAAGUGCAGUGUGUGGUGAAAGAUGAGAAAGAUGACAUGAAAAUGGAGACUGACAUUAAGAGAAACAAAAAGAGUCUUCUAGACCAGCAUGGACAGUACCCAGUAUGGAUGAACCAGAGGCAAAGGAAAAGGCUGAAGGCAAAGAGAGAGAGAAGAAAGGGGAAAAGCAAAGCAAAAGCAGCAAAAGCAGCAAAGGGUUUGGCCUGGUAGACUCUUAAAAACUUGGAAAGUGCGACAUGAGACAGAUGUUUAAUGAGAAUGUAUACAUUGAUUUCAGCUCCCACCAAGAAAAACUUGGCCUGUUUUCUUUAGUUCAAACCCAACAUAACUUUUGAAGUUUGUUUUGGGAACUUUGAAUAAAAUAUUUUCUUUG